UAUUUACCUUUCUUGUUGAGAAAGUCCUCUAAAUCUUCAAUCCUCACCUACACAUUAUAAAUUGACAUUCACAGUUGUACAACAAAUAACUACCAAAUCCUCUCUGUUUUUCAUUUUCUCACAUUUCUUCCAUAUAAAAAGAUAUGCAUCUCUAUAAUGCAUGGUUGCCGCCACCUGUGGCGGCUCAAACCGCCGGAGAGAGCACACGCAUCAUCGCCGCCGUCAACUCUUCCUUCAAUCACCACGAUCCCGAAUCCGUCUAUUCAACUCUCAAAUACAUCUCUGUCCUUGACCUUUUCAUAAAGGCAAAAAGUGACGUGUCUUUGGAAGAUGUCCGCACCCUUAUUAUGAUGGGUCUUGAACUAUUUCACAUGUCCCGUAAUAAGCUUUAUGCCCAGGUUAGAUGGGGAAAUUUAUUAGUCAGACUACUCAACAAGUAUAGGAAAAAGAUUGCGCUGACUAUUGAAUGGAGGCCUCUGUAUGAUACACUGAUUAGCACUCAUUUUACUAGAAGUACAGGCCCAGAAGGUUGGAGAAUAAGACAACGGCAUUUUGAAACUAUAACUUCACUUGUUCAGUCCUGCCGACGAUUCUUCCCAACAGGUUCUGCCUUUGAGAUAUGGUCUGAGUUUAAAUCUUUAUUGCAAAACCCAUGGCAUAAUUCAUCCUUUGAAGGAUCUGGGUUUGCCAGACUGUUUCUCCCAACAAAUCGAGACAAUCAGGCCUUUUAUACACUUGAUUGGAUAACAGAGUGUAUAGACUUGUGGGAAUCUAUACCAAAUUGCCAAUUCUGGAACAGCCAGUGGGCAGAUGUCAUAGCUCGUGUUGUAAAAAAUUACCACAAUGUUUACUGGGAAGGAUUCUUGCCUUUGCUUUUUGCUAAAUACCUAAAUAUGUUUGAGGUUCCUGUUGCAAAUGGAAGUGGAUCAUAUCCAUUUUCACUGGAUGUCCCAAGAAACACAAGGUUCUUGUUUUCCAAUAGAACUUCCACCCCUGCAAAGGCUAUAGCCAAGUCAAUUGUAUACUUGCUAAAACCUGGUAGUUCCGCAAAACAGCACUUUGAGAAAUUGGUCAACAUUUUGGAACAAUAUUAUCAUCCCUCAAAUGGCGGUCGAUGGACUUACUCGCUGGAGCGGUUUUUGUUUCAUUUGGUGAUUCAAUUUCAGAAGCGUCUACAGAAUGAACAGUUGAGCAUAAAUAAUUGUAGACCCUCUGAACAGCAUCUUGGAGAAUCAGAGAGGGUUUUCUUUGUCAAUACAGUGCUUAAGUUAAUUGAUCGUGGUCAAUACAGCAAGAAUGAGCAUCUCUCCGAGACAGUUGCUGCAGCAACUUCUAUAUUGUCUUAUGUGGAACCCUCAUUGGUCCUACCAUUUGUGGCAUCGCGGUUUCAAAUGGCCCUUGAGACGAUGACUGCCACCCACCAGUUGAAAAUUGCAGUUAUGUCAGUGGCAUUUGUUGGGCGUUCACUAUUUUAUACAUCUGUAUCAGCUUCCUCCAUGAAACAAGUGGAUGUUGGUGGUGGGGAUGAAACAUUCAUUGAUCUUGUGGGGGUUUCAUUAUCCAAUGCAUUACUUGGCAUGGAUGCUAACGACCCUCCAAAAACUUUAGCUACCAUGCAAUUAAUUGGUUCCAUAUUUUCAAAUUUGGCUUUAUUGGAUGAUAAAAUUGAUGACUUGUCAUUUAUGCCAAUGAUCCGCUUUUCUGAAUGGCUGGAUGAGUUCUUAUGCCGUCUAUUUUCCCUACUUCUACACUUAGAACCCAGCAGUGUUUUAAAUGAAGGUCUGCACUCAUCAGCUGCGUCAGGAACUUUUCUAGUUGAUGAUGGUCCAUACUACUUCUGUGUUCUUGAAAUUCUUCUUGGGAGGCUUUCAAAGUCACUAUAUAGUCAGGCUUUGAAGAAAAUUUCCAAGUUUGUGAGGACAAAUAUUCUUCCUGGUGCUAUUGCAGAGGUUGGACUGCUAUGUUGUGCAUGUGUUCACUCGAACCCGGAAGAAGCAGUUAGUCAACUUGUUGAGCCAAUAUUAGUGUCUGUAAUGUCCUCUUUGAAAGGAACACCAGGUACUGGAUUUGGAGGAGGUGGGACUUUUGAUGCUUCUGCUUCUGCUUCAACCAAGGUUAGGUCCACAAUUUCACCUGCUCUUGAGGCUGCAAUUGACUAUCAACUAAAGAUAUUAUCAGUUGGCAUCACAUAUGGAGGUCCAGCACUCCUCCGCUACAAGGAUCAAUUGAAAGAAGUUAUCUUCUUGGCUUUUGACUCACCAUCUUGGAAGAUUAAUGGUGCUGCUGAUCAUCUUCUUCGGUCCCUUCUUGGAAGUCAGAUUCAUUAUUAUCCAAUAGACCAAUAUAAGUGUGUUCUCAGUCACCCUGACGCUGUUGCUCUAGAAGAGUGGAUUAGCACGAAAGAUUUUUCCACUGAUGAAAGGUUGACCCCAAAGUGGCAUAUUCCUUCUGAUGAAGAAAUUCAUUUUGCAAAUGAUCUUUUAGAUAUUCACUUUAAGUCUGCUUUGGAUGAUCUGUUGAAAAUAUGCCAAACUAAAAUUCAUGCUGAUCAAGGAGAUGAGAAAGAGCACUUGAAAGUGACUCUUUUACGUAUUGAAUCAUCACUGCAAGGACUUUUCUCUUGCUUGCCGGAUUUUGUCCCAACCUCUAGGAAUGGAAUUGUUGAAGAUCCAAACCAUACAUUUCUAAUUGCUGGGGCAACAGGCUGUACUGUUGGAACUACUGCUCUGAGAGAAAAAGCUGCUGAGAUUGUACAUACAGCCUGCAAAUAUGUCCUCGAGAAAAAAUCUGAUGACAGCAUCCUGUUGAUACUCAUUAUUCGUAUUAUUGACGCUUUGGGAAAUUAUGGAAGUUUGGAGUAUGAUGAGUGGUCUAGUCACAGGCAGUCUUGGAAGUUGGAAUCUGCUGCCAUAAUAGAACCCCCAAUUAAUUUUAUUGUGUCAUCUCAUUCUAAAGGAAAGAAAAGACCUAGGUGGGCUCUCAUUGACAAGGCAUUCAUGCACAAUACCUGGAGGUCUUCACAAGCAUCCUAUCAUCUUUAUCGUGCAAGUGGGAAUUACGGUCCAUCUGAACACGUGACUAUUUUGAUGGAUGAUUUAUUGAGUCUCUCUUUGUAUAGUUAUGAAACUGUCCGCCUGCUUGCAGGGAAAGCUUUAGUGAAGCUGAUCAAGAGAUGGCCAUCUAUGAUUUCUAAAUGUGUCAUCACUCUUACCAAUAACUUGCAGGACCCCAAUGCCAAGGAGUAUGCAGUCUUGGGUUCUUGUUCAGUCCUUGCCUCACAAACAGUUCUCAAGCAUUUGACAAUGGAUCAAAAGUCAUUCUCUUCAUUUAUCUUGUCAAUUCUUUCAAGUUCUCAUCACGAAUCCUUGAAAUCUCAGAAAGCAAUUAAUGAGCUUUUUGUGAAGUACAACAUCCAAUUUUCUGGAGUAUCUAGAAGCUUUUUCAGGAUAUCAGACAAAGACAAUCAUAAUGGUGGACUAGGUUUUUCCGAUUUGGUUUCUCAGAUUGGUUCCAUGAGUUUUGAUUCUACUGGCUUGCAUUGGCGGUAUAAUUUGAUGGCUAACAGAGUUCUACUCCUACUGGCUUUGGCAUCUCGGAACCAUCCAAAUUCAUCAUCUAAAAUCCUGAGCGAAGCUGCUGGACACUUCUUGAAGAAUUUAAAAAGUCAACUUCCUCAGACAAGGAUACUUGCUAUUUCGGCUUUGAAUACAUUGUUAAAGGAAUCACCUUAUAAGCUGUCUCCUGGUGAGAAGUCUGACGUACUUGAGGAUUUGAAGGGCCAUGUGAAGUCGUCCCUUGAAGGAACUUUAACCCAAACUUUUCAGGAAGAUGGUUUCUUCAAUGAUACACUCACUAGUCUUUCUCAUGUUCAUAUAAUAACUGAUAACGAAACUGCUUCAAGAGGAAAUCACGGAGAUUCCAGUAUCCAAAGCCUAGCAGACAAAUCCAUAACCCGUUUUUAUUUUGAAUUUUCGGCUUCAUGGCCACGUACACCAAGUUGGAUAUCCUUUUUAGGAAGUGAUACAUUCUACUCAAGUUUUGCUCGUAUUUUCAAGCGGCUAGUACAAGAAUGUGGCAUGCCUGUAGUGUUGGCUCUGAAAGGUGCAGUUGAUGAGUUUACAGUUGCCAAGGAGAGGUCUAAACAAUGUGUAGCUGCAGAAGCACUGGCAGGUGUGUUACAUUCUGAUAUCGACGGUCUAUCAGAAGCAUGGGAAAGCUGGCUGAUGCUCCAGUUGAAGAAUAUAAUUUUAGCACAAUCUGUUGAAUCAGUUCCUGAGUGGUCCUCUUGCAUAAGAUAUGCAGUUACUGGUAAAGGAAAGUAUGGAACAAGAGUUCCUCUUUUGAGACAGAAAAUUUUGGAUUCCUUGAUGACUCCUUUACCUCCAACAGUAGCUACCACUGUAACAGCCAAGCGAUAUGCUUUUCUGGCUGCUGCACUUAUAGAAAUAUCCCCACAGAAAAUGCCAGUAGGUGAAAUACAGCUCCACAAUACGCUUCUGAAGGAAGUUCUUGGUAACAUGUGCCACUCGUCAGCCCAAGUAAGGGUUACCCUUUCUGUAUUGUGCUCUAACAUUCGGCUAUAUCAUUCAAGUCAUCAUGAUAAUGCGUGUGAUGAAAGAAACAACAAUGUUGAUAAUUUGAUGAAAGACGAAAGCUGGGUUCAGUUUCUUACAGAUAGAGCAGCUGAAGCAGUUGUGAACAUUCAGAUUGCUUCGCAAUCAGAUAAAGCUGUGAAUCCGAUUGAGACAAGUUCUCAAAAUGGGCAUUUAGAUGGUGAUUCACAGGAUGAUAUGAAAUGGAUGGAAACGCUACUCUACUUCAUCAUCUCGUCAUUGAAGUCUGGGAGAUCCUCUUAUCUUCGGGAUGUGAUUGUGGGGCUUCUAUAUCCUGUGAUUUCCUUGCAGGAAACAUCAAAUAAGGAUUUGUCAACUUUAGCCAAGGCAGCAUUUGAAUUACUAAAAUGGAUGAUUGUUUGGGAACCUCACCUCCAGAAGGCCAUAGAUGUGAUACUUUCUGCUGCCAAUGAUUCCAACUGGCGAACUAGGUCUGCGACAUUGACAUAUCUGCGUACUUUCAUGUACAGGCACACUUUCAUUCUCUCAAGUUCAAAGAAACAAGAAAUUUGGAGAACAGUUGAGAAGUUACUAGUAGACAACCAAGUUGAGGUAAGAGAACAUGCCGCAGCAGUUUUAGCAGGCUUAAUGAAGGGUGGAGAUGAAGAUCUAGCUAAAGAUUUCCGUGAUAGAGCUUAUGUAGAGGGAAAUAUUAUACAAAAGAGAAGAAAAUCGAGAAAUGCAAGCUCUGGUUCAGCUGUAGCAUCGAUUCAUGGUGCAGUACUAGCUUUGGUAGCUUCUGUAUUAUCAGCCCCAUAUGACAUGCCCAGUUGGUUGCCUGAGCAUGUUACGCUACUAGCUCGCUUUAGUGGUGAGCCAUCCCCUGUGAAAUCUACAGUUACGAAAGCUGUUGCAGAGUUUCGGCGGACCCAUGCGGAUACAUGGAAUGUUCAGAAAGAGCUAUUCACAGAAGAGCAACUUGAGAUUCUGGCAGAUACAUCCUCUUCAUCAUCAUAUUUUGCUUGAUCUAAUAAUCCAAAGAUAUUGUUAGGAGAGUACUGAGAAAAUUGGUUAGGUCAAAUAAUGCUUUUCACUUGUUGUGUAUUCAUAAUUUGUAAAAAUAGCUCUUAUUUACAUUUUGUACCAUCGAUCAUAUUUGUAAAAUUUUUAUUCCUUAAUGCAGUCUCACAAGUUGAGCUUCUAAGCUUCCUCUAUUCUGUAAUAUUUCUUAUACCAUGGGAUUGAUUAAAUAAUCUGCUGGUAAAUCCCACACGACACAGUCUAAGUUGAAUAUAUUGGAUAGAUUUCUAAGUUC